GCGUCCAAGCGACUGUAACUUAAUUAAACUAUGGAUCAGCUGUACUUAGAAAUUGAGAUAAGCACUCAGAAUGCCGAAACAACGAUUUACACCAGCGUGUCUUCAUUCUUAGCCCUAUACACAUACCGAUAUCUCAAUGAGCCCAAGAAUAUCCAAGUUAACUUUGUGGCCACCAAAAUAGAGAGUGGUAAGAUAGCUUUACGCAGCUCUCAACUGCGGCGGGAGCUCACCGAUCAGCAUAUAACAUGCCGCGAGGCGGCCAAAUUGCCAGCUAUUCGGGAUCUCCGGUUGCCCAUCUAUGAGAAGGAUGGAAAUACCUUUAUAGCUGGGACCUGUGCUGUUUGCAGGGAACUAAUUGCCCGACAGCCGAAUACCGAACUGCGCAAACUACUGGGCUUCAAGGAGAGCUGUCUACUGGCUCCAUCGGAAGCUUCGAUCUGGACUCGAUUUUGCGAAGUUGAUGUCGUGGACGUCGUGAGCCGUCUUCAUGAGGGCCUUCUGCUGAAGGCUGUUCCCGACGAAGUGGUACGCUUCGAGCAGCACAUGAAUGAACCCGUGCGCAUGCAUAAUAUCUAUAAACAGGCCAGGGAGCAGGCCAACCAAACUGAGAACGGUGCCAAGAUUAAGAGGAAACAUCGUGUUCAGAUCGAUGGUAGGACGCCCAAGGAGCAACUUCUGAUUGAGCAUCGUUUUGCGGAAGGAAUUAGCUUCACCAUAGCAGAUCUCAUUUUGUACCCCCUGCUACGAAUAGUCUUCCAGCAUUGUGGGCAAAUGUUGCCCCAUUUUCCCCUGACCAGCACGUGGUUUAGUGAGAUUGACUCAUUUGAUGGCACUUGUGCCAAGAUCCUUGGCGAGCUAUAUGUGCCGCAGGCGGCGUCGCAGGGCGAAGAGCUCCUUUCUAUACCCGACUGCGAUGCCACUAGUCUCUACAAAGCCGAUCCCAAGCGCUACAAGCCUCGCAAUCGGAUCUACACCAGCCAGGCCGAGGUAGAUCUGGCUCUCGCCAAGCUCUCUGAACUGCAACUGGUGUUCAGUACCGAUUCGGAACACACCUUUGGCCAGCAGACCAUCGAUUGGCAGAAAAUCGAGCCCACGCAUGCUACGAGCUCAGCCCUGCCACAGGAGCGCCUGGAACGCAAGCGACAGCAGCUGGAGAAUAUGGCGAAUGCUGUGGUGUCUCUGGCACAGCCAGGAGAUCGCAUUGUGGACUUUUGCAGCGGCACGGGACACUUAGCCAUACUGUUGGCCCUUAAGCUGCCCCUCUGCACCAUUAUCGUCAUGGAGAACAAGUCUUUCUCACUGGCCCAAGCCCAGAAGCGAGCCCUGGAGCUGGAGCUAAGCAACUGCGUCUUCUAUCAAUGCAAUAUUGAUUACUUUGUGGGAAGAUUCGAUAUAGGAGCAUCUCUUCACGCUUGCGGCACGGCGACCGACAUUGUUCUCCAGCAGUGUCGCCGUUCCGUUGCUCAUUUCGUCUGCUGCCCCUGCUGCUAUGGCUCGUUGCAGCCCAUGCCCCACAUUUCCUAUCCACUUAGUCAACGCUUCCAGCGGGUGUUAAGCACAAACGACUAUCUCUACAUAGCCCAUACAGCGGAUCAGGCCCAUGAAAUGGGCACAACCAAUUGCAAGCCGGAGACCACAUUGCAGGGUCUGCAAUGCAUGUCCAUUGUGGACACGGACCGCAAGCUGCAGUCGGAGGAGGCGGGCUACCAGGUGAUACUCACACGCCUCAAGCCCGAACAGUGCACGCCAAAGAAUCACUUGCUAGUCGGACGUUUUGUGAAACAGAACUGAACUGAUGUAUUGAUACUGCCCAACCAACACAUGAAUAAAUGCAUUUUUCAUAUAUUUAGAUACCGAA